AUGCCCCUACUGGAAGACAAGGUAGCAAUCGUAACGGGAGCCGGGCGCGGCAUCGGGCGCGGCGUCGCGAAGUUGAUGGCGUCCGAAGGCGCGAAGGUCGUGGUCUGCGACCUGGGCGUGAACGUGGACGGCAGCGGAGUCGACGUCUCGGUGGCGCAGCAGGUGGUCAACGAGAUUGGCGAAUUGGGCGGCACCGCCGUGGCGUGCACGGAAUCGGUGGCCACGAUGGCCGGCGGCGAGAAGAUCGUGCAGACGGCGGUCGACAACUUCGGCAAGCUGGAUAUUGUGGUGACGGUGGCGGGGAUCCUGCGGGACCGCAUGGUUUUCAACAUGACCGAAGAGGAAUGGGACGACGUCAUCGCGGUACACCUGAAGGGAACGUUCACCGUGGUGAAGCACGCCAGCAUCCUGUUCCGUCAGCAGCGGUCGGGCCGGAUCAUCACGUUCAGCAGCACGUCCGGGUUGUACGGCAAUAGCGGACAGGCGAACUACGGCGCGGCCAAGGACGGCAUCGCCGGGUUCACGCGCGUGUGUGCGAGGGACCUGGGACGCUACGGCGUGACGGCGAACGCGAUUUCGCCCUCGGCAAGCACGCGGAUGACGACGAGCGUGCCGGACGAAGCCCGGGCGUUGCGGUCGGCGCGCGGCAUCGCCGCCGGCGGCGGGUUGCGCGGCGAUGCCGAAGACGUUGCGCCGAUGGUCACAUGGUUGGCCUCCGACGAGGCCCAGCACGUGAACGGCCACGUCUUCCACGUGACCGGUGGGUUGGUGACGCUGCUGAACGAGCCGGAGCCGGUGAAGACAAUCCAAAAGGACAGCAGGUGGACGGUGGACGAGUUGGCAGGUGUAUUCCCGGCGACGAUCGGGGUCGAACUGUACAACCCGGCGCCCGCCCCGCCGCCGAGCGCGUAA